GCCGGCUGGGCAGGGUUUAUUCUGUCAAAGUCAACAAGGAAAUCUCUGUGCCCCUUGAAAGAGAGACUGGGUCCUAUAAGGGCACCAGCUGGCAGAGCUGAGCAGAAAAUAUUUUCUUCUCUUUGAAAACUCCCAGAAGAGAAAGAGAAGAAAGGAAGAAAGGUUUUUACUGCGUGGAGGGUGCAAAAUGGAUUUCCUUCCCAGCUUUUCCCUACAAACUUGGGUACUCCUUGUGGUCUUCUUGGCCCUCUUUCUCCUCUAUGGCAUCUGGCCCUACAAUUUCUUUAAGAAGCUGGGCAUUCCUGGACCAAAGCCUUUGCCUUUCAUUGGCACUUUUCUCGAAUACCGGAAAGGAGUUCUUGAUUUCGACCAGAAAUGUUAUCAGAAGUAUGGCAAAAUCUGGGGAAUUUUUGAUGGCCGUCAACCGGUGAUGGCUAUUCUGGACCCCACCAUCAUCAAAGCCAUCCUGGUGAAAGAAUGCUACACUCAUUUCACCAACCGCCGGGACUUUGGCCUGAAUGGAGACCUAGAUUCAUCAAUAGUGAUAGUUGCGGACGAACAGUGGAAGAGGAUUCGCACCGUUCUCUCUCCCAACUUCACCAGCGGGAGACUGAAAGAAAUGUUUCCCAUUAUCAACCAUUAUGGAAAGAUGCUGGUGAAGAAUGUCCAGAAGAGAGUGGAAAAUGACGAAUCCAUAAACAUGAAAGACAUCUUUGGAGCCUACAGCAUGGAUGUGAUCACCAGCACUUCGUUCAGCAUCAACAUCGACUCCAUAAACAACCCCAACGACCCGUUUGUCAUAAACAUCAAGAAGAUCAUCAAGUUCAACUUUGUAAAUCCACUUCUAAUCGCCAUUGUCAUCUUUCCAUUUCUCAAACCACUGCUGGAGACACUCAAGUUCAGCCUAACGCCCAGAUCCAUCACAGAGUUCUUCACAGGUGCCUUCAAAAAGAUCAAGAAGGACCGGCAAAAGAAUGGUCAUAAGGACCGGGUUGACUUUCUGCAGAUGAUGUUGGACUCCCAAAGUUCAGGUGACAUCUCUGAAGAGGCAAAGUCAUAUAAAGCUCUAAAUGAUAAAGAGAUUUUGACCCAGGCCAUCGUCUUUGUUUUUGCUGGCUACGAACCCACCAGCAGCACCCUCAGCUACAUGGCUUACUGCUUGGCCACCCAUCCAGAUGUCCAGCAAAGGCUUCAGGAGGAGAUCGACGAGGCCCUUCCCAACCAGGCUACUCCAGUCUAUGACACACUCCUUAAGAUGGAGUAUCUUGACAUGGUGGUCAGUGAAACUCUCCGGCUCUACCCUCUAGGAGGACGGAUUGAAAGGGUUUCGAAAAACACAGUGGAGAUCAAUGGUGUGACAAUCCCAAAAGGAACUGUGACUAUGAUCCCUGCCUUCGUCCUCCAACGUGACCCAGAACAUUGGCCAGAACCAGAAGAAUUCAGGCCGGAGAGGUUCAGUAAAGAGAACAGGCAAACCCUAGAUCCGUACGUCUACUUGCCUUUCGGAGCAGGUCCCAGGAACUGCAUCGGGAUGCGCUUUGCUCUGCUCUCCUUGAAAGUAGCCGCUGUGGUCCUGCUGCAAAGAUUUUCCUUUUGGACUUGCAAAGAGACACCGAUCCCCUUGGAAUUGGACAGCAAGGGCUUCCUGCAACCCAAAAAGCCCAUCAAGCUGAAGCUGGUUCCCAGAGUCGUGGCUGGAUCUGGAUAAAGUUGGAUGUAACCAAGAGACUGUUGCUAAUUCCUCUCUUCUGCAUCAUAUCGAAUUAAUACCUUGAAGGAAGUGGACUAAAGAUUUCGUGUGAGAUGUAUAAAUGGUUUCCGUCACGUCGCGCAGGACUGGUGACUUGGAUGAAGAAAACCAAAACGAAGGAGUUUGUAGGUCUUUUCUCCUCCCAAGAGCUUCAAUGAAAUAGUACUCCUAUGAUUCGGUCCUAAACCAAACUAUUUCUAAAUAAGCUGCAUUGAGUUCAACAGCCUGUUUCCAGUUUACUAUGUAUAAGACUGCAAUUUUAAUUUCCUUAAAAUAAGCUUAGAUGGGAUCAACAUUGAUGUAAGAAAACGGACAAGUCCACCCCUAUGUUUUGAAUAAAAUUGUUUCCAGAAAAGAGAACAUUAUAUUUUUAUGCUGCUUUUUGGGGAAAUUAUUUUCUCCUCGCUACAGUUUACAAGAAAAUUAAUAUAUGAAAUAAAUAGUAUGCAAUUACAAUGAUAGGAAAUGAUGAUUUCAGGUACAGGUGAGCAGUGCAGGCCAUAAUGAUUCAUCAGUAUCUAACAGCAAAUGUUUAGACCUCAUCUGUGUGUUUAUGUGCUUUCAGGUUGCCUUUGGACUUAUGGCAACCCCAUGAAUUUCAUAGGUUUUUCUUGGGUAAGGAAUACUCACAGGUGGCUUUGCCAGUUUCUUCCUCUGAAAUAUAGCCUACAGCGCCUGGUAUUCAUUGGCGGUCUCCCAUCCAAGUACUAACCAGGGCUGACCUUGCCUAGCUUCCAAGAUCAGACCAAAUCUGGUGCCUUUAUGGUAUUUUGGUGUUCCAAAUGCAGCUGUCUCAGCCAGGCAUACUCUUUAUCCACUUAUCCAAAUCUCACCUACUUAAUAUCUUAAUCUACAUUCUCACCACAAACAUGUGAAAAUAGCAUCUACCUCUGUAAUAGUCUGUCCUUGAUAAUCAUAAAUUGCCAAGAUGGGAAAAAAGAAGGAUCUUUAUUGAACUUCUGUUAUUACAUCUUUAGGGAAGGAAGGCAUUUGGGUGCCAAAUCUGCAGCAGGGCUCUUUCUUGAUGGUGGGAUCUCAGGCACAGAACUAAUCCCUCCUUUCUCUCCAUCAUACAUCUUCACUAUUGGUAUCAAUAGUUUAUUCGGUCUAUUGGUAUUCACUAUUGGUAUUUAUAUGCCCUAGUCAAACCUUUCUUUUUAAUUACUUUAGUUGGCUUUUUUCAGCAGAAGAAGAAUAAAAAUGAAAUACAAUCCAAAGUAUAUUCACGCUGUAUACCUAUGCUGAUUUCCAUAAUAUAUUUCUGUCACAUCCCUAUGCUGAUUCCUGUUUGGCAACUUAUCUUGAAUGUGGACUUUUGUGAGACUGUAAUGUGUAUCAUGAUCUUUUAUUCUGUUACUGGCCAUCUUUGUAUUCAAAAGAUAUAAACAAUCUAAAUAAAUCAGUGAAUGGAUUGAA